AUGGGCCAUAGGAGUGACUACCCUUGGGAACAGCAUCCUAUUAACCUCAAUAAUCAAAAUAACCAAUAUAUUGAUGGUUACGAAGUAGUUGGAGAUCUUUCGAGAUAAAGAUUCAAAGAAAAAGAGCAUAAAAGGAGUGAUUUUAUUACCACAGUUAAAGAGGAUCAAGUUGGCACCACUAUGCAUAUAUCUAGAUCUUUAAGAACUAUGAAGUAGGAUAAAAUACUAAAUAUGCAAUAAAAUUAUGAUGAAUACUCAUCUAAUAAAUAAAUAGAACAUUAUAAAACUACACUCUUAUAAACUAAAAGCAUUGAUCAUAUUACACCCUAUUAACAUAGUAACAAUUAUAAAGGCCAAUCUUUACAUAAUUUGAGACCACAACAGCCUAACAAACUGUACAGACAAUCUAUAAAUUACCUAAACCAAAAAGUAAUAACAAAACAACCUCCCCAACAAGCUGUCAUAGUCUAAAAUCAAUUUCCAUCUUAAGAAGACUAACCCACUUAGUAAAUGCUUACAGCAGAUCUAUUUAUACCUAAAUAGAAAUUGACUUAAAUCCAAGAGGUUUCAUAGGUUUAGAUCUAAAGUCAUCACUCCAAUAAUCCUUUUAGUCGUGAAUCUUUGGGUUCACAAGGAGGAGCCAGAUCUAGAUUCAUGGAUUAAUAUAAAUAAAAAAAGGCAGACUCUGGAUAAAUGAAAUUGGGGUAUCCUUAUCAUUUAGAGGAUGAUGAGACUACUGCUAAGAUUAUGGUCAAAUAUUUUCAACAAGAACAAAAAUGA